AUGGAAGCAAGUACUUUGUUGUCACAGGCAAUUACUGAUAUCAAGCCAUACACUACAAAUCAUAUUCAUAUGGAACAACUCGUACACAAACUUCUUCUGAUUCUCAUGCUUCUUUUUUCAACUGCCACGGUUCAAUCUGAAUACCUUCGUCCUCUUCCUCGUAAAGCCUUAACAGCUCCAUGGAAUUCAAUUUCCAAGGCCCACUCUUCUUAUCCUCAACAGGUACACAUUUCUUUGGCGGGAGAGAAGCACAUCAGAGUUACCUGGAUAACCGAUGAUAAAAAGUCACCUUCAUAUGUAGAAUACGGUACAUUACCUGGGAGAUAUGACUCAAUUGCUGAAGGAGAGUGCACCUCUUACAACUAUAUGUUAUAUAGCUCAGGAAAUAUACACCAUGUUGUAAUUGGACCUUUGGAAGACAACACCGUGUACUUUUACCGGUGUGGUGGAAAAGGUCCCGAGUUCCAGCUCAAAACCCCUCCAAACCAAUUUCCGAUUAUGUUUGCUGUGGCUGGUGAUCUUGGUCAAACUGGCUGGACUAAAUCAACAUUGGCUCACAUUGACCAAUGUAAAUAUGAUGUCUACCUGCUUCCGGGAGACCUUUCAUAUGCUGAUUGUAUGCAGCAUCUGUGGGACAAUUUUGGGACACUAGUGGAGCCGCUUGCUAGUGCAAGGCCGUGGAUGGUGACAGAGGGAAACCAUGAAGAAGAGAACAUACCCUUGUUAACGGAUGAGUUUGUGUCCUAUAAUUCCAGAUGGAAAAUGCCAUUUGAGGAAAGUGGAUCAACUUCAAAUCUCUAUUAUUCUUUUGAAGUUGCAGGUGUCCACGUUAUCAUGCUUGGCUCCUAUGCAGAUUAUGAUGUGUACUCUGAACAAUAUAGAUGGCUAAAGGAAGAUCUGUCAAAGGUAAAUAGGGAAAGGACGCCUUGGCUGCUUGCGUUAUUUCAUGUACCGUGGUAUAAUAGUAACAAGGCCCAUCAAGGUCAAGGGGAUGAUAUGAUGACAGUUAUGGAGCCGUUGCUUUAUGCUGCUAGUGUUGAUUUAGUUAUCACUGGUCAUGUUCACGCUUAUGAACGUUCAAAACGUGUGUAUGAUGGAAGAUUGGAUCGCUGUGGUCCCGUCCAUAUAACUAUAGGUGAUGGAGGAAAUAGGGAAGGAUUAGCUCAUAAGUAUAUAAACCCACAGCCAAAGUGGUCAGAAUUUCGUGAAGCCAGUUUUGGUCAUGGUGAGCUGAAUAUUGUAAACUCCACUCAUGCCCUCUGGAGUUGGCACAGGAACGAUGAUGACAAUUCAGUAAAAGCUGAUGAUAUCUGGAUAAACUCUUUGGUCAGCUCAGGAUGCGUUGAUCAUAAGUACACUUACGACACCCUCAAAUUUGUAUAG